UCAAGCUUCAUCUCUUAGGAUUGCUCUCCACUUUGAACUCCUUCACCCCAUCAAAGCUUAGAAGCAAAACACGUCCACUACCUUUAAUGUAUCUCUCGAAUCAUAUCUUGUCUUUUUCUUCAACAACCUGUUGUUUUGUAACGCUUAUGACGCCCACCGUUUAAGAUGGUUUAGCUUUACUGCCUUACUGACUGCCUUACUGGCUCAAUACUACUUCAAACCACCCCUAUCACCACCUUUUCUAGUUUACACAAAUCCAACUUCAAAACCAGGAGAGGUCCUUCAGAGAUCUUGAGUGAAAAUUUCAGAUGGUUUCGCUCCGUCGGCGCAAAAAUAAGCAAGCGAGCGCUAGUACUAGUGCUACUGAUGAAGAGCCCCAAAUACCGGAAGGAUGGAGAGUUGUCGACCAUGAAAAAUGCAAUGGGGAAGUAGUAAAGUGUUACACAAAUGUGAUCGGCCAAAAAUUUUUCACAAUGGAAGAUCUGAUGAGAUAUGUGGCCUAUGCUAAACGCGAGCAAAUUUCCAUCUAUAAGCCUGGUUUUCAUCCUACACAAUUAGCUCAUACCAGCUCAGAAGAUGAGUGGGAAUCCUUGGAUCCAGAUUCUUCAUCAUCAGAAGAAGAAGUAGACAAGAGAGAUGAGCUCAAGGCCCCCACUGAACGUCCAAAGGAACAAGCUGCAGUUGCAGUAUCCAGCAAGAAACUACCCAGCUCCAGCACCCAAGUCUCUGAUCAUGCCGUUGCAGUUGAUAAAAAGCUGGAUGAAGGUGCAACUUCAUCAAAAAAGGGAAAAGGCGUCGCUAAAUCUUUGACUAAACCUGUUCCGCUAAGAUCAUCACGCAGGCUCCGCGGAUUUGGUCCAGAGAUUAUCCCUGAAAAAGCUCAAGAAUCUGACGUCGUGGAAGACAAGCAGCAGUGAGGAUGAGUGAGACAAGCUGGCUAGCAAUGAGUCAUUCCUUCAUCGUAUUUUGUCUAAAUUGGAUAACUCAAACCCCUUCGUAGCAUAUGCAUAUGUUGAAAAUUUAAAGUUCUGCGUUUUGUACUGUUUGACUAAUUUAAUCUUCUUCUUGCUGUUUGGCUGUAAACAUUAUCUCUAAUAUCAU